AUGGCUCCCCAGCCAAGGGCGACUCCAACCGGGUGCAAAACGACUGCGCCAUUGUCUCUUGGCUCUACAACCGCGUCGCUCCCUCCUCAGCAUGGUCUCCGACGACGCGGACUCCGCCCUCUCUCUGUGGCGCGGGAUAGGUCGUCACGGGCCGUCUACCUCAACGCCGAGUUCCGCCUCUUCUUCCAGGGCGACAUGUCGGUGCUCUCCUACUGCACUCCCAUGAAGACCAUGGCCGAUCGCCUGGCCAAUCUGGGAGCCCCUGUCACCGAGCCUGAUCUCGUCCUCAACAUUCACUCGAGGUCUCAGCCCCAGCCUGCAUCAAGCCGUCCCGCACAUCACCAUGCGCAAGCGUCUCCCCUCCUUUCUCAAGACCCAACUUGA